UUUGGUCGUCGAUGUCUAUAUGGUUAGAAACAAUUAUAUUAUGUUAUGAAAGGAAAAAACUCAUGUGAUAGAAGUCAGGAAGUAUGUCACAAUGCAACAACAGUAAUAAUGAGACAUCUGAGAGUGAAUUCUAUUGUGAAAUUUGCUUCAAUAGGUUUUGUUUAAGUAAAUGGACAAGCCAUUUAGAGACCCACAAGUCUCUACCAGUUGCUGUCUGUGAUAGAUGUCACUCCAUAUUCAUAAACCCCGACACGUUGGAGCAACACGAGUGCAUAGAUAAGGAACAACAACUUACAGCUGACAUGAGUCAGCUGAGAUACGGUUGCUCCUAUUGCGAGUUAGCAUUCCCAGAUGAAAGUUUGAUAGCUCAGCACGAGAAAUAUCAUCAGUACGAGUUGUUUUGCAAGUGUUUGAUAUGUGAUGAUAUGUUUGACACUGAUGAGUUGUUGACCAACCACUUGCUCGAGUGUCACAACAAGUUUCCAUAUGUUUGUUCCAUCUGUAUGAGCUCGUUUUCAUCACCGGAGUGUUUGAAUGUUCACAUCAAAGAUGUUCAUCUGGAUAAUUAUGAAGCCAACAACAACAUCACUUCAAAUGAUUAUGAAAACAUUUUAAACAAGUCAAUGAAGACUUUAGACAAUGGAACGAACCAGGCAGCAGUUGAUCGACCUUAUAGAUGCAACAUUUGCGAUCAUUCAUUCAGGAGGAAGGACACCUUGUUCAGCCACAUGACGAAACUCCACUCAAUCAAUGACCACCUCGCCUGCAAGACGUGCAACCUUAUCUUUCAGACGUCUGAAAGUUUGCAACAUCAUCUCAUCACAAACAAGUGCAUGGAUGUUGAUAUCAAGUUGGAUUCAGAGCAAGAAAAUGAAGAGUAUCCCAUUGUUUUGGAGUGCCAACCAUGUGAUAAAAUAUUUCACAGCAUUGAAGAGUGGAACCAGCAUAAAAUUAUUCACAAGACGGUUGAAUGUUUCAGUUGUCAUGUAUGCUGCAACAAGUUCAGGUCAGCAGCCGGCCUUCAACUGCACAUCAGGAUGGCCCACGAACUCACACCUCUGUCGGAUGGUGGUGCUCCCAGUGCUGAUUCUUCAUUCACAUGUUCCAUGUGUGGGAAGGUCUUCUCAAAAAAGUCCAAACUGACGGCUCACGAGAAGACUCACACAAAUGAGAAGCAGUUCAAAUGUGAGUUGUGCAACAAUGUAUACAGCAGCAAGACGAACAUGAUGCAACAUUACAAAGUGAGGCACUCGGGUGUCCGACCGUACGUGUGCUCGGUCUGUGGCAAAUCAUUCGCACUGAGUGUCUACUUCAGAGAUCACAUGCAGGGUCACUUGGGAGCGAAAACUCAUGAAUGCGAGAUCUGUCACAAGAGAUUCAGAAAGAAAUCUUACAUGAAAGUUCACGAACGCACGCACACAGGAGCGCAACCUUACUUGUGCAACAUCUGCAACAGACCUUUUGCUCAGAAGGCAAACUUGCUUAAGCAUGCCCAGCUGCACACAGACAAACGCUCGCACAACUGCAGCAUAUGCAAGAAAGGAUUUACAGACAGCCAGGCCCUGAAGAGGCACAUGAACACACACACAGGCAAUCGUCCUUAUGUCUGUUCAACUUGUGGUCAGAGUUAUGGCACGAAGGGCUCACUUAAUGUGCACAUGAAGUUCCAUGAAGAGGUCAAACAACACACCUGUUCUGUCUGCUUGAAAGGUUUCUAUUUAAAGUCGCACCUCAAACGACAUCUCAUGACUCACGUUAAAGAUAAGAACAACUCAAGAGUUAAUGCGAACAACAAGCUUUCAUCUAAAUUAAAAUUUGUUCAUAAUGGUGUUGACGACGUCACAACUUCACCUGCCAAGAUUAAGGUUGAAGAACUGGAAGAAGCCCUGGAAUCAGUUUCGGAUAGCAAGCUGAUCAUCGAUGAAGAGAAUGUGAUGAUUGAUAACAUUGAGCUUGUGUGCAUGGAAGAAGUUGUGCUGGUUUGAUUGAUAUGCCAUCACAUAAAUAAAAAUUAUAUAUAUACAUUCGUAUUUGACUUUAUGUUCAUAUUUUGUUCAAGUUCAAUUAUUAUUUGCAAAUCAAGGUUUUAAAAUGUAGUUAUUCAUUGAAUUAUUAUUUUUUUAUGAACUAAAAUAU